AUGAAAUUGUAUCCGACUUGCAUCGUGCUUGGGGGUGCGCUGCUUGGAGCUGCAUAUGGCAUAUCUGUCCAAGAGAACUAUACAAUAUGCAACUGGGCCCGAUUAAGGGCUGGAGUCAUCCGUGAUGCCCUCUACCUUGAUGGUGGGUUGCUUUGGUGGCAAACAGCCUUUGCAGAUGGAACGGCGCCGGUCGUGAGUAGCGAUGGCAAUGUCGAGGGGGACAUGUUUGUUUUGAACUUCUCGACACCUUUCGAUACGACCAAGACUAAUAUGUCGGGCUUGUUUGAUCGAAUGUCGAAGGCGGGUGGCGCAGGAAACAACAUUGCGCCGAAUUAUGUCGACGGGACCAUGUUUACCAAUGAUGGUGAAUUAUACCUUUACGGUGGUCUCCCUCGUCUCACUGAUUCUGCUUCCCCCCAAAGCGCCGAAACUGUCCUUGGAUAUGAAGCUUACCAGUACGGCCCGGAUCGGACAAGCUGGAGUCCUGGAUUUUACCAAGGAACUCUGUCGGACGGCGUAACAAGAUAUAUCACAAAUGGCGCCGGAGUGUCUGUACCCAGUGAAAAUUUAGGAUUGUACUUCAGCGGGAUGCGAUCGCCGACAUGGGGCCCGAUAUACUACGAGAACUCCUCCGCCAACGUGACCGCGAACACCCUUAUCCAGGUUGACAUGUCGGUCAUGAGAAGCGAGAAAUGGACAAACGCAACGCUCCCGGACAACAUCCAGCCGCGCGCAAACGCCGAACUAGUAUGGAUCCCUGUCUCUGAGAAAGGCGUGCUGGUCGCAAUUGGCGGUGUCAGUGCGCCCGAGGAGAUAUGGGCGUCCGGCUUGAACGGCUCGCAAAGUUCGGAAAGCGAAGCGCAAAGUCCCGGAUUUAUGACCACUUUGCCCAUCUAUGACAUCGCUUCCAGCACCUGGUACCUGCAGAAUACCACUGGUCAAGCCCCGGGACAACUGACGGAAUUUUGCUCCGUGGUCGCAACGGCCAAGGACUCCUCGUCGUUCAGCGUCUACAUCUACGGCGGCUACGACGGAUUGAAUGCAGACGAUGAGCCCUCGGACGACGUCUGGAUCCUGUCGAUCCCGUCCUUCCAAUGGAUCAAAGCGUAUGGCGGGACCAAAUCUCAUGGUCGCUCGGGGCAUCGAUGCGUCGCCCCGUACCCGGAUCAAAUGUUUGUUGUUGGCGGAGUCCACCAAAACCAGGCCAAUUGUGUCGAGGGUGGCAUUAUCCAGAUUUUCAACCUCAACAAUCUCGAGUUUCAGAAUAGCUACGACCCCGACACGUGGUCUGACUAUCAGGUGCCCGCCGCCGUCACUAAGACUAUAGGGGGCAAUGCUCAAGGAGGGUCUACCAAAACUGCAGCUUGGUCAGAUGGUGCCUUAGCGGGCAUCUUCUCAAAAUCAUAUUCGAGACAACUUACCCACUACUACCCAUAUCCAGUCAACGAAUCCUCAACGGAGUCAACUGGCAGCGGACACUCGGGAAUCGGCACAGGCGCUAUCGUUGGCAUCAGCGUCGCCGCCACAGUGAUAUUCAUUCUCCUCCUCAUCCUUAUAUUCCUCCUGGUCCGGCGUCGUCGAAUCAUCAACAGUGGUUCUUCCGACAAAUCCUCGCACUCCAGCAACAGCCGGAUCUCCCGAUGGCUGAAUGGAGCAGCUGUGAGUCCGAAACGCCCUCAACACCAAAUGCGUCAAUCCUCUCAAAGCUCGCCACCGGAGGUGCAACAAGUCGGUUAUAGCACGUUGUCCGAAGAACCGACUCCACCACUGCAACCAGAACGACACGAAAUGGCCAACAACACAGAGCGUCCCAAGCCACCUUACGAACUGGCCACGCCGUACAACAGUCUCGGUCAUCCACGGCACUCUGGGAUCGUCGACUACGCGUACAAUGCCAAUUUCGGCCACACACAUUCAAACUCGACAUCUUCCGAAGAUGUCUACCGUCCUUCUCCGUUAAGCAACAACUUCAACGGCGCCGCCCCCACGACCGGCAACAACAACAACAACAACGCCGCCGCCGCCGCCGCCAUAGGGGCCACGUCAUCUCCUCUCCGCAGCGUGCGCUUCCCUCCCGCUGGCCCUAGGUCCGAGAUCUCUAGCCCUAGCCACGAGAACUCGAACUCAAACUCGUUAAACUACUCGUCCAGUGGCACCAACGAGACGCUCGCUUGGCCGUUCCCGCCCACUCAGAACAACUGGCGAGGCAGCAGCAACAACAGCAAUAACAACAACCGUACCCGUAACACAAACGCGACGCGAUUCCCGUUUGACAGGGAGAGGAGCAGUGAGAGCAGUUCCGUGCAGCCGAUCAUCGAGGAGCACGAACCGGGGUCGCGCCGUCAGAGCGUUGCCCACGAAUUGCCUGCUGACGACAACAACGACAACGAGGCGCGCGAGUACCAUUACCAGCACGGCAACGAGAGCGUGAGCAGCGGCAUCGGGACGUUGCCGAGUCCUACGCGGGGUGGCGGGGAAGGGGGGACGAUGCCCGAGGACGAGGAGCAUAGGAGGAGCCUGUUCGACACGAUAAGUCCCGUGAGCCCGACGCUGGGGAGGAAUUGGAGGCGCUGA